UGAGCCCUCAUUCAAUGCUUUACCGAACUCACCACCCUUUUUUCUUCCAUUUCCACCCCUUUACUUCGUUCAAUCUCUUCUUCCUCUAAAGCCAUCACCACAGCUCUUUCUUCUCUUCCGCUCUUAUUUUCUCUCUCUCUCUCUCUCUCCACUCAGGUUGAAACGAAAAUGGAAUGCGUUGAAGCGGCGUUCAAGACCAGUUUUGAAGAGAAUGGUGUGACCACCGACGAUUUUUUUGUGGACGACCUUCUUAACUUCUCUAAUGAAGAUGGUUUUGUCGAAGAAGAAGAACCAGAAGAAGAGGAAGACAAGGGCUUUGCCUCAGUUUCUCCUUCUCUAAACCAAAACCAAACUGAGGCAGAACUAGAUAACUCUAACCCCACAAGUACGAGUUUUUCACCCAAACACGAGUUUGGCCCCGUGCCCGCCACCACUGAACUCAGCGUUCCGGUGGAUGAGUUAGCAAACCUCGAAUGGCUAUCCCAUUUUGUCGAGGAUUCGUUCUCGGAAUUCUCUACACCGUACCUUGCCGGAGUUUCGGCUGAGAAGCCCAAAAACCAGACCGAAGAAGUAUCCGAACCGAAAAAGCUCACUCUACCCGAGCAGCCUUGUUUCAGUACUCCGGUACCAGCCAAGGCCAGAAGCAAGAGAGCCCGAACCGGCGGGAGGGUUUGGUCACUGGGUUCCCCUUCUCUCACAGAAUCCUCCUCAAGUUCAACCUCUUCGUCCUCGUCUUCUUCCCUUUCGAGCCCCUGGCUCUUAUACCAGACACUGAGCCAAGACCCGGCCGGUUCAGUUGAAAAGCCUCCGGCGAAAAAAGCCAAGAAAAAAUCCACUCAGACUGACGCCACCGGUUCACUGACGGGCCAGCCGUCUCGCCGGUGCAGCCAUUGCGGCGUUCAGAAGACCCCUCAGUGGAGAACCGGUCCACUGGGGGCAAAGACGCUCUGCAACGCUUGCGGGGUCAGGUUCAAGUCGGGUCGACUAUUACCCGAAUACAGACCCGCUUGCAGCCCAACUUUCUCAAGCGAGUUGCACUCUAAUCACCACCGGAAAGUGCUCGAGAUGCGGCGGAAGAAGGAGGACGUGCCUGUAGCCGAGUCCGGUUUUGCUCCCCCGGUUGUACCGAGUUUUUGAAGAAAAAAAAUUAUUUAAUAUUAGAAAAAAAAAUCUAGUAUUUAGAAAAGAAAAAAAAAUAGGUUCAGAGAGAAAAACAGAGUGAUACGGCAUUGAACCCGGUUCGAAUAGGUCCGAGUUAGUGUACAUUCUUUUACCACGGUGGGUGAGGUUAGGUUAGGUUCUUAGGCGUGUAACUGAUUAAUUAGGAAGACUCUUCUUGUAUUUUUAUUUUUUAUUUUUAAUUUUCUUUUCAGUUUUUUUUUUAUUUAUCUAAUUUGUUUUUUCUUUUAACAUGUAUAUAAUUUAGUGGGGUUUGAAACCGUCUUAGGUCACACCUUAAUUUUUGGUAACUGUUUUUUUAAGGCAAAAACAUUAUGUCGUGAGCACAGUGCUCGCUUGCUCACUCGCUCCGGAGAAUCUCCACCGUCGAUUGAAUCUAACGGCUAACGGUGAUUUUUCGGAGGGUUUUUAUAGUGUAUUUUACGUUCAAAUUCCGAUGUGGGAGUUUUAGUCGAAUAGGAGAUUGUAAUUGGUGGGUGUUGUGUCCUUUCCUUUCGUGUCUCUGUUAUCGAUGCCCUUGUAGAUUUUGAUGCUGUUUCGUACUUUGGGUUAUUUCUUGUGUUUGGAUA